ACUCCUUCUCGCCCCCUUCCUGAUAAGAACUCUCCCGUCUCAGCACAUUCAGCCUCCUCCCCCCCUUCCUCUUUCCUCCAAUUCCUUCAAUUCUUCCAAGAAACCUAUUUGUCAACCAAAGAGAAGCAGAAGAACAAAAAACAAAAUGAUCUCUCUCCGCCGGGCAUUUGCCCUCGUCGUUCUUGUUGCUGCUACUUCCUUAAUCCUGUUCUCCCAGCCUACCGAUGCGGCAAGGAGUCCAUUGAUCACACACAAGGUGUUUUUUGAGAUAAAGCAUGGCGAUCAGGAUCUGGGGCGCAUUGUAUUUGGACUUUAUGGGAAGACGGUGCCUAAGGCUCCUAAUGGUUAA